GCAAUUCUUGACAAAUCAACAGAAAAAAGACCAAGUCCAACUGUUAUAACUGUCAAAUCUUUAUCCUCUCAAUUCUUCAAUUCCAUAUCCUCUGCAGUAAUUGCAUUGGUGCACUGAGUAUUGGAUGACUGAGAACACCCGGGCACACACCGAAGGUGCUCUCUGCCGUCUAGAAACUCACUACACCAGUUCAGUGCAGUGCAGUGCAGUUCAUCAUUUUUAUACCAAUUCUUCUGACUUUGUAGGACACACAAGGGAAAAACAGAGAAGAUACCAGCAGCUUGUAGCUUCAGAAAGAAGCCAAAAACAUUGGCUGCUGAUGAUGCCCCAUCUCUGUUUUAUAUUCUCUUUGGAGUUUCAAGUUUAUUCAUUCUACUUAUAAUAGGCCAUGGACUAGAUCAGAAUCAUUCCCAAGGAACCCAUAAGAAGUGACCAAAGAAGUUCCAGCCUUACAAUUGGUCUCUCUCUUAGACCAUGUCUCUUCAUAGUUUCAGGGUUGCCAAAGAUGCACCUUCAGUUCGGUUCUUACUGCUUCCGUGCCUACUAAUGAUUACCUUUAAUGGCUUCUGCUCAGCAGAUCCUCUUCUUUUCUAUUGCCCAAAUCCAGCCGAAUAUGAAUCCAACAGCACAUUUGGUUCUAACCUUAAGAUCCUUCUCGCAAGUCUUUCUUCAAACAGCUCUCUUGCAGGGGGUUUCUGUAACACUUCAGUGGGCAGUGACACGAACCAAGUCCAUGGGCUUGCGCUAUGUAGAGGCAAUGUAACCCUCGAGGUUUGCCAGAAUUGUAUGAAGAAUGCAAGUAGGGACAUUCUUUCUGUGUGCCCGCAGAAGGAAGAGGCGACUAUCUGGUAUGAAGAUUGCCAAUUGCGAUAUUCGUACCAGAAGUUCUUUUCUGUAAUGGUAUAUGCUGGAAAGUAUCCUAACUGGAAUGAUCAUCAACCAAACGUCUCGAACCCAGAUCAGUUCUCCCCGAUUCUGAGUAAUUUGCUAACCCAACUUACUAGCCAGGUUUCCUCUAAUUCUUCUGAUCGUUUGUUUGCCUCUAGAGAAGCUAGAGUCCCAGGAAAAGGCAAGAUACUUGUUGGCCAGGCUCAGUGUACUGGCGAUAUAUCUUCUGGUGACUGUGAAAAUUGCCUUCGAAAUGCCAUGGGAGACCUUGAAGGAUGUUGCUCUAUGCGUGUAGGAGGAAUGGUUCUUGAUACAAGUUGUGAUUUAAUGUUUCAACUUUCAACUGUAAAGGUAUCUGAAGGAAGGAGCAGAAGUCACAUUAUAAUUAUUACUAGCAUUGCAGUAACUGUAGUACUAGUUCUUGCUGGGUCAUGUGCCUACUGCUUCCGCAGAAGGAAGGGAAGACGAGAUGAGGAAAAAAGCGAAAACACACUAUUUAUUAACAUGCAAGAGACGAAUAGGAAACAAAUCUCUGACCGAACUGUUCCACAACGGAAUCAGAUCGAUUCAUCAGAGUUGCCCUUGAUUGAUUUUGAUACUAUAAAAGUUGCCACAGACAACUUCUCAGAUACCAACAAGAUUGGACGUGGUGGGUUUGGAACUGUUUACAAGGGCACAUUACAAGAUGGAAAGGAAGUAGCUGUGAAAAGGCUUUCAAGGAGGUCAUGGCAAGGUUUAGAGGAGUUCAAGAAUGAAGUUGUACUAAUUGCAAAGCUUCAACACCGGAACCUCGUGAGGCUCAUAGGUUGUGCUGUAGAAGGAGAGGAAAAGCUGCUCAUCUAUGACUUCAUGCCCAACAUCAGCCUUGAUGUUUUUGUCUUUGAUCCCAACAAGCGCUUGCAACUCGAUUGCAGAACACGACUUAACAUUAUCGAUGGAAUUGCCCGUGGACUUCUUUAUCUCCACGAGGACUCACGACUCAAGAUCAUUCACAGAGAUCUGAAACCUAGUAAUGUUCUGUUGGAUGAAGAGAUGACUGCAAAGAUUUCAGACUUUGGCAUGGCAAGGAUCUUUGUCGAAGAUCAAAACACCGCUAAUACUAAACGAGUUGUGGGGACCUAUGGAUAUAUGUCUCCAGAAUAUGCAAUGGAAGGGAUAUUUUCAGUCAAGUCUGAUGUUUUCAGCUUUGGUGUAAUCUUGCUUGAGAUAGUAAGUGGCAAGAGAAACAACAGCUUCCUUAAGGAGCAUGGCCAAACCCUCUUGGCAUAUGUAUGGAGACUAUGGGAUGAAGGCAAAGCCUUGGAUUCUGUAGACCCAUCGUUGAUCAGCUCAUGCUCAAGAACAGAGGAAGUAUUAAGAUGCAUCCAUAUUGGGCUUUUGUGUGUUCAAAGAGAAGCAGAUGAUAGACCCACCAUGUCUGAUGUCAUUGUUAUGCUAGAAAGUGAUCCUAGAGAUCUUCCUCAGCCUACAGAACCUGCAUUUGCUAUGGGAAGAGUUGUGGUCCAAACUGAUCAAUCUUCCACAGUCAUUUGUUCUGUAAAUGCAGCUACUGUUUCUAAUGUCACACCUCGGUGAGAGUCAGGGUGGACUGAUCUCUGGCUCUACUUACCAACAGUGGAGGUUUGCAAUAUUGAUGCCAAGAAUCUUUGUCUUCUUAGCUAAACAAAUAAUUUCACUAAGCAUUUGGAUGUAAUAGAAAAGAGAAGGUUUUAGGGUUAAAGUGCCAUAGAUCCUAUGCAUUGCCCAUAUAUGAUUGCGUUAGCAAUCUUCUGUAUUCGAUUUUGAUUACAAGCUUCAGAUGUUCCAGUCCAACUAUAAAGAAACAGAGAAGAUGUUAGUUUG